AUGUCCCUGUCUCCUCACACAACGCCAUCUGGAUUCUUGCUACCCUCAAUACAUGCCGCCCCACCCUUCUUCACACUGCAACCUAAGGCUGAAACACAGGCUCUCGUAACGGAGCAAUGGACAAGACUGAUAUUGUCUUACGCGCGGCAUAGGCGGCUGUUCUACCUGCGAGUGGAGGAUGCUGAGCCGCCAGGAAGCGACUGGGACGAGGUUCUGCGGAAUGACAGGAUAAACCGGCGGCUGCCACCAUCACAUCUAUCCUAUAUAUUGGAUGAUAUGGUGUCCAAGAACAAAGCAAUGUACGAGCCCGUUAAACAGACACGGUCUGUGCUGCUCUUCUGGCGCCUCCCAGAAGAAUGGGCGGAGGUGCUGCAUGAUUGGGCCUCCUCAACGGCACAACUCAACACCAUUCUAACAUUCUUUGAGAUCGUAGAGCCCCCUGUGCCAUCGCAGCUGUCUGGCAUCCCAGAUACUUUAUUGCGCAGGGCGAUUAGUAUAUUGACGAAGACGAACAGAGCUCAGGUCAUAGCUGUGUCAGAUGGGGAAGGCGUAAGAUUUUUGGCCGGUAAUGUUAGUAAAUGA